CUGACAUCAGGCAUUGAAACGUCCCAUGGGACGGCUGACUCAGAGCUGAGAAUACCCCAUGUCAGCACGGCUUCUGGAGACAGUCGUACUCCGGACGGGACUGGCUGGUUUCCAUCAGCGCGCAGGAAACGGAGCCAGGGAGGGAGGCCGGAGGCCUGGGCGGGAGCACUGGGUCCCCAUGUCCUGUCUCCGAGGGCUGGGAAGCUCGGCCCCUAGGUGUCUCUGUUUUGAACAGAGAAGCAUUUUAAUCAGAAUUCUAUUCACCUCAGUCAAUUUUUGUUGUGGACUUUUCCAGAACAAAGCUGAAUUGCCCAUUUUCUUUUCCUGAACAUUUUUUUAAUUUUAAUUUUAUUUUUUUAAGAUUUUAUUUUUUUGAGAGAGAGCAUGAGCAGGUGGAGAGGCAGAUGGAGAGGGAGAAGCAGGCUCCCCGCUGAGCAGGGAGCCCGAUGUGGGGCUUGAUCUCAGGACCCCAGGAUCAUGACCUGAGCUGAAGGCAGAUGCUUAACUGCCACCCAGGCGUCCCUCCUUACCCAUUUCCUAUAUAGCCCUGUUAAACCAUUUCCUAGUUGUUGCAUCUUUUAUAUCAACAGCCAUUAUUUCUGCCAACUUCGACUUCCCUAAUUUUAGCCUUAAUUUUAUUCUGCAGUGAUUAUUUUGACUGUCUCCAGUUUUUCCCUGUGACCCGUCACAGGGUCCCCAGCCUUAAAACUUGAGCAGUUCAGCCCGCCUGCUUCCCCUCAAGGUCACCUCCAACUCUGCCUGUCACCCCCUCCCCACCCGCCCCCUUCCAGCAGCCAGGCCAGAGCCUCAGCCCCUCAGCCCCAGCUUCUGGCCUCUGCCUACGCCUUCCCUGCCCAGAGCCGCGCCGCCCCCGGAGGAGAGCGUGCUGUGGAGACUCCUUCCAGCCUUUCGUGUCCAGCAAGGCAUCGAGUCCUCAGAGGCCCGAGGAGCGGCACUUGUCCUCGAGGUGGGGAACAGUCUGCCCGUGUCGCCCCGGGCCUGGCAGGGUGCCUGGGACACAGGAGGAGGAGAGCAAGGCAGUGACGGCUCAGAGCUGCUGCCGUGUUGAGGGCUCGCCCGAAGAGCAGAGCCCUUGGUGGGCUUCGUCUCCUGGGACUCAACGACCCACCGAGAGGGGCUGUGACCACCUCCCUUCCCGCAGCACUGCACACGCGCUCCCAGCUCGGGUCCGGUCAGGGCGUCGCGCCGUCUCUCCCGCCAAUACUGGCCCGGUGGGGGAGUCCGUGGAAGCUGUGCAAGGCUUCCACGCGGGAUGCAAGGAGCGCCCACAAGCUCCCUGCCUCCUGUGCCCGCCCCACAGGGCCGAGCCGCUCUGCUAGCCGGGCGGGACCCGGGCAGGCCCCGGGCGGGCAGGGGCUCCCAGGCGCAGGCUGUUUCACGGUCUUGUCUUUCCGAGGAAGAGAACUGAAGCCUCCCCACGAGGAACUGAGAUCGCCACGCCACACCAGGAACCUGUCCUUGCCUUUUCACCCAGAGAGCAUUCUGGCUCAAAGAUCUUCCUGCUUCUUCCCUGCUUUUCCACUCGUCCUCCUGUUGAGAAGUGCUUUCAGACUUUUGAACACAAUAUAAACCAAAACAGUGUGAUUCCUAUCGUGGAAUCUAUGUCAACAUCUUCAAAUUACAAAAAUCAGGUGGGACGAAAUUUCCUGAGCAUUCCUGUUGUGUGGGGUCAUCACGUACGGGAAGUCUGCGCGCCCCUCACUGCAUCAUGCCCUAACCGCCACAUUUAGAGCACUGUUUGGGGGGGGUGACUUCACAUACAGGGUACACGUAGACACGGGACCACCCCAAAAUACUCUGCAGCCGUAGCUGGGCAACAGGGGCGACUGUCCCACAAGAGCCACGUCAGGCUGCUCAGGGAGCCAAGACCGAGUCUCAGUUCCAAGGACGAGCCCCCGAGGGUCACCGGGCACCCCCUCCAGACACCGGCCAGCCGCGUCCCGAAGGAGCAGCUACAAAGGAGCCCCUCUCGAGGAAUGGAUUUACUUAACUGCCUACUUUCUAAUCAGCCCUUUGGAUUUGCAUCCCUGCAAGGCCCACGCAGACCGCCUCCUGCAGGAAGGCCCCCGCCUCCCCAGGAGUGCACACCUGUAGGAGCUGUCUUCCCGGGGUUCCAAGUAGUCCUACAGAACUUCUUGCUCAAUGCCCAGAGCUCAACACGGUUCGAGGCACAGGGAGGGUUCCCAGCAGAUCCUUGAUGAUAGCAGAAUGUUUCAUUCCUAGGGACUAAGUCUGUCAAUCAGAUGACAUGGGGGAACAGGUGCAAGCUGCCUUGUGUUCCUGGAUUCUUUCGGUUUCGUGUCAUUUUAAAAACUGAUGGUUUCGGGGGCGCCUGGGUGGCUCAGUCGUUAAGCGUCUGCCUUCGGCUCAGGUCGUGAUCCCAGGGUCCUGGGCUUGAGCCCCGUGUCGAGCUCCCUGCUCCGCGGGAAGCCUGCUUCUCCCUCUCCCACUCCCCCUGCUUGUGUUCCCUCUCUCGCUGUCUCUCUCUUUCUGUCAAAUAAAUAAAUAAAAUCUUUUUAAAAAAUAAAAACUGAUGAUUUCAAACACACUGGGCAGUGAGCCCUGGCUUUACUCCCGACAUUGGCUUCGGUUGUCCUACAGGCUGGGCCCUUCUCCCUCGGUUCUUCACACACAUGCAGAUAUCAGCACCCGCCUUUUCCCCAACCACCUCCUCAUCACCCCUCAAACGACCCGAAUGUCUUUUGGGAAAACCUCCCCGAAUAACCUAACCUAGAGUCGUCCCCUCGUUCUAUUCCCUUAAAGUACUCUGUUCUUACCGCAAUUUUAAUGAAGUAAUUUAUACCCUUACUUAGCACAGGCACUGCACACUCAGGGACGAUCAGCGAGGAGGUGGGAGGCGAGAGGGAGUGGGGGGACCGAGGAGAACACGGCCACCUAGAGGGCCUAUUUGGCCCCAGCAGAGAACAUCCCAGUGUGAUCAGAUCAUCCCUGUUUUCAAAGGAAGCCAAAAAUCUUGGUUUUAAAAGUCAAGUCCCUCCCAACGUCUAAAUAUUGGCAAAUAAGCAUGUUCAGGAACAAGGCAGGCCAAACCAAACACACCAGUGGCUCCUAGUCCGUGGCCUCUGGUUUCAUCUCUCUCCCACCCGGCUCUCAGUCCUGCAGGGACGUGUGCCGGGUCCACCCUGCUCACCAUCAUGUCUGGAUUCAACAGGUGAGAAACAGAAAUAGGUGAUGGCUUCUCCCGGUAGAGCCCUGGGGUCAGAGAGGAUGUUCUGGCAGGGAGCUGGCGUCCCCCGGUGCCCGUCCUCCCGCUCUCACUGCCCGCUGGACAUUUCUCCACCUCCCUUUGAGCCUCGCUCCCCAGCGACCACCAUGGGCCUCCUUAUCCUCUGGCUGGAAGUCAUCACAAUGGGCUCUGUGACAUCACCAAUAGCCCGGCCCCAGGCACCCAGUCUCCAGGUGCGCAGGCAAACAGACCCACCAUGAGCAACUUCGUCCCCCAUCUCUGCUCACCAUGCGGACGCUAACAUGGUUCUUGUUCUUGCCUCUGUGCCUCUCCUGCGGCUACGCCUUUAUGUUUUCUCCUCUGAGGGAUAAAGUCAAAGAACCCCAGGGGAAGGUGCCUUGCGGAGGGCACUUUCGGAUCAGGCAGAAUCUCCCAGAGCACGCCCAAGGCUGGCUUGGGAGCAAAUGGCUCUGGCUUUUUUUUGUUGUUGUACUGUAUGUGAUACUGAAGUUUCGAGGAGACAGUGAGAAGAGUAAGGAGCAGAAUCCUGCCCUUCGAGGCUGUUCAUUUCGCUCUCCACUAAAGAAAAAUCAAAAUGCUUCCCCCAACAAAGACUAUGCGUUCAAUACCUUAACCCAACUGGAGAGGGACCUUAUGAAAUUCGUGUCCAAGGUGCGGAAUCUGAAAAUCACCAUGGCAACUGGCAGUAACCUCAAGCUUCAGAGCAUGGAGGGACCUGCAGGCCCACACAAUAUUACCAUCUAUGAAAUAUGGGGCGAAGAAGACUCUGACUGAAUGGAUUUGUGUGUCAGAGUAGGAGAGACAAAGUUGAGUGUUGACAAACCAUAUGCAAACCAAUAAAACUAUUCUGAAGAAAAAGAAUUCUCGAAGUUGACACCUUUUUUUUU